GUACAAACACACGACACAAUAUAAACGCUACUACAGAGUGUAAAAUGGUAAGUAAAAAUCUAGGAUCUUGGCUCUAAAAAAAUUAAGAAAAAUAAAGCAGCUUUACUUCACUGAUUAUUCUCUAGAGAGACAAAGAAUGAAAGAGAAGUUCUGAAAUCUAUGUUGAGCUACCAGUGAUCUCAUUGAACAAUCACCAAUCUUUAUGAGAUUUCAUUCUUGUUGUGUUUGAAGCUUUAAUGCUAUAGUGAGAAAAAGUGGGAAAAAAUGUUGGGUCGACCAUCAAUUUUGCUGUCCAGGACUGGAAGUUUCAGGCCAGAAAAUUUGGGUCAAAAUGCAAUGGCAAUGAUAGGGAACCUUUGUUUCACUAUAUUUGUACUUGGGGUUUUGAUUUUCACUAUAAUUGCUGCAACUUAUCAACCUGAAGACCCUUUAUUCCACCCUUCAACAAAAAUGACUAAUUUCCUUACUUCCAAAUCUAAUGCUACAUUUAAAGCUGAUGAUACUGUAGUGAGGACUGGUGAGGACUUUCUUGUUGCUAAUAACACCGCGUUUUUGACCUUUAUAAACCUCACUGAUGUUGAUGUUCCAACCGCUAAUGCUGCACUUGUGUCUGACGAUAAUUUGGACUGUCGUGGCAAGAUUGAUGAUCCCAUUGAUUGCACGGAUCCGGAUGUGUUUCAUUUGUUGAUGAGGGCUGCUAUUGAGAAGUUUAAGGACAUACAUUUUUACCGGUUUGGGAAGCCAGUUCGAGGGUCGAACGAUAGUUCCUGCCACAUGGCAUGGCGGUUUAGGCCUAAGGAAGGGAAGACUGCUUCCCUUUAUAAGGAUUACCGGUCUUUUGUGGUUUCUAGGUCGGAGAACUGCACGCUUGAUGUGGUCAGUAUAGGUGAUUAUCAUUCUGGUGGAAAUGCUCGCAAGAGGAAGAGAAAGAACAUAAAUCGUGGGAAGAAUGAUGAGGGUUUCGAGAAGGCACCUCCUAAGACAGAAGGAGAACAUAUUACUCUGCCUGUGGUUGGGGAAACUGUAAAUGACUCGCUUCCGGUGGUGGAAUCGGAGAGUUCGUUUGGUGACAGGAAGUAUUUGAUUUAUUCGGGAGGUGGGGAUAGGUGCAAGAGCAUGGGCCAUUAUCUUUGGAGCUUCCUGUGUGCGUUAGGUGAGGCUCAAUAUUUGAACAGGACUUUGAUAAUGGACUUAAGUAUUUGUUUAUCCAAGAUUUAUACUUCAUCUGGUGUAGAUGAGGAAGGAAAGGAUUUCAGGUUUUACUUCGAUUUUGAGCACUUAAAGGAUUCAGCUUCAGUCCUCGAUCAGGUUCAGUUUUGGUCAGAUUGGAAGCAAUGGCAUAGAAAAGACAGAUUAAGUCUCCAUCUUGUGGAGGAUUUUAGGGUUACACCCAUGAAGUUAUUUGGAGUAAAAGAUACUUUAAUUAUGAGGAAAUUUGGUUCUGUAGAGCCAGAUAAUUACUGGUUCAGGGUAUGCGAGGGUGAGACAGAACCCGUCGUUGAACGCCCAUGGGAUCUAGUAUGGAAAUCUAGACGGUUAGUGGACAUUGUUUCAGCUAUUUCAUCAAGGUUGAAUUGGGAUUAUGACUCGGUUCAUGUUGUAAGAGGGGAGAAAGCAAGGAAUCGUGAAAUGUGGCCACAUUUGGAAAAAGAUACUUCUCCCGAGGCUCUACUGUCUAGCUUGCAGGACAAGAUUGAUGACGGGAGGAACCUCUAUAUUGCAACUAACGAACCAAAUACAUCCUUUUUUAACCCUUUAAAAGACAAAUAUUCCACACAUUUCCUUGAUGAAUAUAAAGAUCUUUGGGAUGAAAAGAGUGAAUGGUAUGCUGAGACGGCAAAACUUAAUAAUGGGAAUCCAGUUGAAUUUGAUGGGUACAUGAGGGUUUCAGUUGAUACGGAAGUUUUCUUGAGGGGUAAAAAACAGGUUGAGACAUUUAAUGAUCUCACAAAAGACUGCAAGGAUGGGAUCAAUACGUGCACUUCGUCCAGCUAAUUUCUGACUGGCAUUUGAAGCUUUAUUUACUCCUGCAGUUUUUGGAUAGAUCUGUACCAUACUGUUGUUUUAGGUAAGCUUUGGUCUUCAUUUGUAGAAUGCAUUCGUAAGUAUUUAUUUUGAAAAGCAAUUACAGAUUACUUCUUUAGUUGGUACCUCUUUAUAGUGUAGUUGCAUUGUACUCAGUGUCUGCUUCAAGCUUGUAUCCUUUCAUUUGGUAAGUUAAUAAGAAUGUCAUUUGUGUUCCUGGCUUAAA